AUGGGGACUGCUGCAGUGUCUCCUGCACCCAGAGGGUCUUGCUGUGUUUUGGGGCUCACCACUGCAGGCUGAAGUCAUCAAAAAAGAGACCGAAAUCCUAGAGAGGGACAACUUGCAAAAAGCAGAGCUCUCCACUACUGUAGAUGGGGCGCUGGAUAUGCUGCCUUUGCUCCAGAGUUGCAGAUCCAUUGAUGCUGCUCCUGGUUUUGGCUCUGGGCUGUAACCCUUCCACAGCAGCAACAGCUUCUCCGUCUGUGCCCCACGUCAAACCCAGCUACAGUUUUGGUCGGACUUUCCUGGGACUUGAUAAAUGCAACGCCUGCAUUGGGACAUCCAUAUGCAAGAAGUUCUUUAAAGAGGAAAUAAGGUUUGACACCUGGCUUUCUUCUCAUUUAAAGCUGCCCCCCAACUCCUUGCUCAGCUACUCGGGCAACUACACCGACGAUGCCAAGAGCUGGCGGCUGGUGGACAUCACCCGGCUGACCUCCAAGUACCAGCACGACCGGGCGGACAAGCGCAUCUGCACCUCCCUGCUCAAGACCAAGACCUGCAGCCUGGAGCGCGCCCUGCGCCGCACCCAGCGCUUCCAGAAGUGGCUGCAGGCCAAGCGCCUCACUCCUGACCUGGUGCAGGGCCUGCCCAGCCCGAUGCUGCGCUGCCCAUCCCAGCGGCUCCUGGACCGGAUCGUGCGGCGCUACGCCGAGGUGCCGGACGCCGGCAGCAUCUACAUGGAUCACCUCACGGACCGGGACAAGCUGCGCCUGCUGUACACCCUGGCAGUGAACUCACACCCCAUCCUCUUACAGAUCUUCCCCGACGUGGAGGGCUGGCCCUUCCCACGGUACCUGGGCUCCUGCGGGCGCCUGGUGGUCAGCGCCAGCACCCGGCCCUUGCGCCACUUCUUCAGCUCAGCCCCCGAGGUGGCCGCAGACCUGGCCCUGCAGCUCCUGGCUGUGCUGCGCUCCAUGGCCACCAACGACCUCAACUACUUCUUCUAUUUCACCCGCGUGGACGCUGGCACCUUCGGAGUGUUCAGCAAUGGGCAUCUGUUCAUCCGGGAUGCCAGCACGCUGGGCAUCAUCGACAAGGAGGAAGGGAGCCAGCUGAUCGAUGGCCAACAGGAGUAUAAGGAUAUAUUCAGCUGCCUGACUGUGGACUGCCAGUCUGCAUUUGUGCCCUGUGACUCCAUCCGAGAGAAGCACAACCUCGUCAUGGUGUGUCAAGACCUCCUGCCGAAGCUCCUGGCGGGGAGAUUCCUGCCCCCCGUGCAGGAGAGGAUCGAUGCCUUCCUGCAGCGCUGCGCCCACGGCCUCGGCGAUGACCGCGGUGCCAACGAGGCCAUGGAGGAGCUGGCAGAGAUCCUGAAACCUCUGCGCUCCUGCGACUCCCGCUUCGCCUACCGCUACCCUGACUGCAGAUACAGUGACAAAUACUGACACUGGAGCUGUCCCCACCAAGCACUGGGACAGUGCCAGCCCCCUCCCAGUGCAGGGAGAGAGAAGGAACCGGUGUGGCUGAAAGAGCUGCCCCAAAUCCGGGGUGUUCUCGGAGUAGGAGGGAGCAGAGUACACACAGGAUUUAUUAUUCAUCUCCCAGAGACGCAUUUGUUACACGGGAUAUAUACAUGGUGUAUGGUUUAUAGAUUAUUAACAUUGUCAUGACUGACAAGGGGCCACAGGAUAAAUAAAUCUCAUUCACAUG